GUGUGAAUGUCAGGGAGCAUAUGUGUAACUUAUUUUGUUAUGCUAUUUUCAAUUUUCAUUAGUUCGUUCCUUUAUACCUUUGAUUUUAUGAAAACUGAGAUGGUUUGAAGACUACCACUGUGAUGGUCUAUAUAGCUCUUUUAGAAAGACUUAACAAGGUACACUUUACCUUAUCACAUGAGACAAAGAGGAAUUUAUUAAAAGACUUUGCAGAAUUCUCUGAUUUUCGAAUCAUUGAGAAGGUUUCUGAAGGAAAUGAUGGAAAAAUCAAUGGUGAUAAUCUUGAUAUCUACGUCACUACAAAUGAUAUCCGAAUGGAUAAUAAAAAUAGGGACUAUCACUUUUUUGCAUCAGAUUUUGUCUUUGACCGGAUUAAAAAUGCUCACGAAGAUUUUGUUCUGACAGUUGGAAAUGCCUACCUCUUAUCAUUUAUCAUGAACAAAUUUGGUAUGGAGACAUUGGAUGCAGAACCUCAACAUCCCCUUCUGAAGAAUAGAAAUAUUAAGUUCAUGCACAACAAGUAUAAGGAGGAAGUUUUCCACACUAUCAUGGGUGAAAUAGUUGAGGACCUCAUCUGUACAUUUCCAAAACUGGAGCCCACGGUAUCACUGAAUGUAGAAAUCUUCAAUUCACAAUUUACCGUGAAUAGUACUGUUGGAGAAGGGAAAAUGCUCAAGUUUGAGUUAGUCAUCAACAAUCAAAAGGUUCUUUUCAAUGUUUCCUUGGAGGAUGCACAGGAAGGAGUUAAUAUUGAAUUAAACAUGUUGAAUCGAAGGAUUCCAGUCAGAAUUUCGAUCAAUGAAAAGGACAGAGAUGAUUUACAAAGUUAUGUUUUUCAAUUUCUUCAAUGGUACUUCGUUAUUUUGACAUUUAAGGAUGCAAUCAAGGAGGGAGACUCAGAUAGAACAAAUAUAACAUUAAAGUUUUGCAUCCCAAUAUUUUUCAGCCGAUCAAUCGUAUCAAAGUACAUGUAUCUUGAAGAUUGUGUUGACUAUAUCCUAAAAACUGAAGUUCUGCUCACAGAAAAACUAGCUAUGAAAGUCAGGUAUGGCUCGUUUGUGAAUUUGACUGGUCAUACAGGAGAAAACAAGGCUGCAGAUCUUCAAAAAGAGAACGAAGUUCUUGUCCUUAAAGAACUGAUACGUGGACUGGGGUCCAACAAAACAGAAAAAGCCAUUGACACCAUCACAAAAGCAGCACCUGUUAUCCAGGAUAUUGUUGAUAACUUUGAUAAAAUGUCCAAUAUUUCUCACAGAAAUACACAUCACAGAAAACGCUCAUCAGAAGGAGAUAUUAAGUGUAUUCUAAAAGUUAUUGUUCCGUUAAAGAUCUGGAAUUACACAGAAGGGCGGACACUAGAAAGUUUUAAGAAAAUUAAGAAAUCUCCGUUUGAUUUUGAAAGAUGUCAGUUUAAAGAAGCGAUAAACAGAAAAAUUCAAAGACUUAGGCGAGGAAUAUCUGUUCCAGAAAGCAGUGAUGAGGAAUCGUACCAAGAGUAGAGCUGUCUAAAACCAUGUGGACUUCAUCAACAACAAUAGCUCCAACAAUAUCCUGGUACAAUUUGGAUCGCAGCAGUCUGGAAAACUUAGUUUUAAUGAAAGCUUCUGGAUGAGAAUAUAUUAAGAUGA